AUGUUCAAGAAUACAUAUCAAAGUGGAUUAUUAUCUAUAUUUUAUAGUUGCGGUUCUAAUCCUUUGGCGAUAUGGGACAUGGAAGUAAAGAAUGGCCACAUAAAACGUCUAACCGACAACGAAGUUAAUUCUAUAGUUCUUGAAAUUGUAAGUACAAAUGUUGCUACAACUUUCAUUUCAUGUCCAAAAAGAAAUCAAGUACUAGGAAUCAAACUACCUUUCCUAGUAAUGAUCGUGAAAAACUUAAAACGAUAUUUUUCAUUUGAAAUAACUAUUUUAGACGAUCAACAAAUGCGGAGGCGAUUUAGAAUUUCAAAUUUUCAAUCUACCACUAAAAUUAAACCUUUUUGUACGAGUAUGCCCAUUGGAUUGUCAGGUGGAUGGAAUCAAAUACAAUUUAACUUAGCAGACUUUACACGCCGGGCAUAUGGAACACAAUAUAUUGAAGCUCUUCGAGUUCAGGUGCAUGCUAACGUGCGUUUACGAAGAAUAUACUUUAGUGAGCGUCUUUUUACAGAAGAAGAAUUACCUCAAGACUAUAAAUUGUACUUGCCAUUAGAAGCUAAAUCAAAAAAGGGGAAGUUACUGAAAAAAGACGAAGUUGCAGUUACCAAAGCUCGACCGAAAGUUUCAGUAGAUGUGUCGAAACCAAUCGAACCAGAACCGCCUGCAGUGGUUAAAAAUAAAGUAAGUGUAGCAACCGUGGUACCUCCAGAAGCUGAAGUUGAACCACCUGCUGAACCAUAUGCUGAGCCACCUGCUGAGUCACCUAUCGAGCCACAUACCGAGCCACCAGCCGAGGUUCCAUCACCAGCAGCUGAACUUGAGGAAAUAGAAGCCUCACAAUCAAAAGCGACAGGAUUGGCGGAUGAAAUAGCCGAACCAGUCAAUGAAGAUCAAGCAGAAGAAUUCUCUCUAAAAGAAUUCGAAGCUCCUCGAGAAGAAUCA